AAGGAUCCUCCUCCAAUAAUUGGUUAGCUCCAGCUCACGUGCUACUCAAAUGGACCAAUCAGCGCUCUCAAGCCCGAUAUAUAAAGGGCAGCUCGCUCUCUCCCUUCCAAACCACAUUACAUCAGUGUAAUAGACAAUGGCGAGAACAAAGCAAACAGCACGUAAGUCUACCGGCGGCAAAGCUCCACGGAAGCAGUUAGCCACGAAGGCUGCCCGUAAGAGCGCUCCAGCCACCGGCGGUGUGAAGAAGCCUCACCGUUACAGGCCCGGUACCGUAGCUCUCAGGGAGAUCCGCCGCUACCAGAAGUCCACCGAGCUGCUCAUCCGCAAGCUGCCCUUCCAGCGCCUGGUGAGAGAAAUCGCACAAGACUUCAAGACCGACCUGCGCUUCCAGAGCUCGGCCGUCAUGGCGCUGCAGGAGUCCAGCGAGGCUUACCUGGUGGGGCUCUUCGAAGACACCAACUUGUGCGCCAUCCACGCUAAGAGAGUGACCAUCAUGCCCAAAGACAUCCAGCUGGCCCGACGCAUUCGCGGCGAGAGAGCAUAAAUAAUUUCUCUCCUACACCAACGGCUCUUUUCAGAGCCACCACAAUUUCAACCAAGGGAGUGAUUCCUAUCUGACAUUUAAUUAUCAAAUCAUACAAAGAAUCAAAUUUAGCUAUCUUACAUACAAUCUGAGGACUUGCAUUUUAUGACUCUACAAUGCAGGGGUGUCCGAACCUUUUCCACAGAGAGCCGCACACGGGAAAGUUUCAUUUUCACACCAUAACAGAAUAUAUUCCAUUUUUUUAUCCUUAUGGCUCCUGAGAUUUAUGAGGGACUCAGUCACUAAAAGGUUAAAAAUAAGUCAAAUUAUUAUUGUUUAUUUAAUGCUUACAGUAAAUCUCUAUAUCACAGGGUUCACCAACCUUUUUGAAACCCGGAGCUACUUCUUGGGUACUGAUUAAUGCGAAGGGCUACCAGUGCGAUACACACUUAAAUAA